AUGGUCAACGUCAAGCCGUUCGCCGUCGAGCAGUGGAUGGACAAAUAUGAAUUAACAGCCAAGUACAACAUCGCAGAAACAUGUUGUGCAUCCGUCUCCGUCGAUGAUCUCAAAGAACUUUCCGACGACAAAUCAUCUCCCGUGGUUGACCUGUCCAACAAGCUGACGUACGGCCCCAUUCGCGGCUCGGAACGUCUGCGUGGAACAUUGGCCAAACUGUACUCGGUGAAAACCCCGACGGCAUUGCCUGCAGACAACGUGUUGAUCACUGCGGGUGCCAUCCAGGCAAAUUUUCUGUUGUUGUACUCCUUGGUUGGACCGGGGGACCAUGUCAUUUGUCAUUACCCGACGUACCAGCAGCUUUACUCGGUUCCUGAGUCUCUCGGGGCCGAGGUGAGCUUAUGGAAGUCUAAGGAGAAAGAAGGGUGGAAGUUGGAUGUCGAUGAGUUGAAGGGGCUCAUUAGGCCGAAUACUAAACUCAUUAUCAUCAACAACCCUCAAAAUCCCACAGGAGCUAUCAUCUCUCAGUCAACCUUGGAGGACAUCGUGGAUAUUGCUCGUGAGAAGUCCAUUAUCAUUCAUUCCGAUGAGGUAUACCGGCCGCUUUUCCACUCCAUCAGCCCUAUGGACAAAGACUUCCCCUUAUCGAUCCUGUCACUCGGGUACGAAAACACUAUUACUACAGGAUCCAUGUCCAAGUCCUACAGUUUGGCCGGUAUUCGCGUUGGCUGGAUAGCAUCGCGUAACCGAUCCCUCAUCGAAACCUGCGCCGCAGCGCGUGAUUACACAACCAUCUCCGUGGGCCAGAUCGACGAUGCCAUCGCCAGCUACGCACUUGCUCCAAGCUGCAUCCAUAACCUACUCAAGAGGAACAUCGAGCUAGCUAAGAAAAAUAUUGAUAUCCUGGAGAAUUUCAUCGAGUCGCAUCGCUGGGCUUGUGACUGGGUGAAGCCACGCGCGGGGACCGUGGCGUUUGUGCGGUUUAACAAGUUGGGGAAGCCCGUGGAUGAUGUAGCUUUCUGUGAUAUGCUCCAGGAACGGACUGGUGUGAUGUUCGUUCCAGGAAGUCUUUGCUUUGGAGAAGGUGCCGAUUUCAAGGGCUACGUCCGUAUUGGGUUCGUGCAGGAAACAAAGGUGCUGGAGAAGGGCUUGGAAUCGCUGCGGUCAUUCAUGGAGGAAGGAUAUGAAGAUGUCCCGGCGAUUAAGAAAUGA